CGCGGCGUAGCAAGAUGGCGGACAAAGAGAAGAAGAAAAAAGAGAGCAUCUUGGACUUAUCUAAGUACAUCGACAAGACGAUCCGGGUGAAGUUUCAGGGAGGCCGCGAAGCCAGCGGCAUCCUGAAAGGGUUCGACCCGCUCCUCAACCUCGUCCUUGACGGCACCGUCGAGUACAUGCGAGACCCGGACGACCAGUACAAGCUGACAGAGGACACCCGGCAGCUGGGGCUGGUGGUGUGCAGGGGCACCUCCGUGGUGCUCAUCUGCCCGCAGGACGGCAUGGAGGCCAUCCCCAACCCCUUCAUCCAGCAGCAGGACGCCUAGCGGGCUCAGGGGGCCCGGGACACAGCCCCCCGAGGACUCGGAGCCGCCCUUCCGCCCUACAUGCUGCCACAGGAACGGGAUUUCCUUUUUGUAUAGGUGUUUUUUUUUUUUGUUUUCGUAAUAAAGCCGCAAACCUCAGGUGUCCAGGAGUCCCAGAA